GAAUGCGGCACGCCGCCGCCGACGCGCAGGAUGGCUGGUGUCCCCCCACAUGGGAUGGGUGGCAGUGCUGGGAGAGCGCGCCACCCGACACCGUGGCGACGGCCACCUGCCCCACGUACGCCUAUCUGAAGACGCCCUCCUGCGACCACUACGCGACGAAGCGGUGCGAGCAGACAGGUCACUGGUUCACCAGCAUUGACCAACUCAACCGGACGCAAGAGCGGUCUGACUACACGUCGUGCAGCCAGGUCUCCACCUUGCUUAGCCGCGUCUACGUCCACGUGUCGGCCUACGCCGUGUCCAUCGUGGCGCUGGUACCCGCGCUCGUCAUCUUCUUCAGCUACCGACAGCUGAAGGUGCACCGAGUCAGUAUACACAAAAACUUCUUCGUGUCACUGCUACUCAACUCUGUGAUGGUCAUCGUCUUCAAAUGUGUCGUCAUGCUGGAUGAACUCAGUCAGAGCGGCAGCCCAUCCAUACUCGAGAAGAAUGGAGUGGGCUGCAAGAUACUAUUUAUUAUGACCAAGUACUGCCGGCUUACGAACUACCUGUGGCAGUUCUGUGAGAGCUAUUACCUCCACAAACUUAUUGCCUCUGCGUUUGCUGAACAGAGGAGUCUUCUAAUUUUCUACAUCAUCGGCUGGGUGUUCCCGGUGAUCCCGGUGGCGGUAUACGCGGCUCUGCGGGCUCACCACGCCGAUGAGCAGUGCUGGGUGGUGCCGGUCGAAAUGUACGAGUGGGUGCUGAACGCGCCGUGUCUGCUUAGUCUUGUGAUGUGCGCCUUGUUUUUGAUCAACAUUAUUCGCGUCUUGGUGACAAAGCUGCGCGCGCAGCAUGCCAACGAACCCAGUCAGUACAGGCGAGCGGUGCGCGCGACCCUGGUGUUGGUGCCGCUGUUCGGACUACAUCUCAUCGUCACCAUCUACCGGCCGGCCCGCGGCACCUGUACCUGGAUGCAGCUGUACUACUACGCCGACUACAUGCUGGACGGCCUGCAGGGCGCCCUGGUCGCCCUCAUCUUCUGCUACCUCAACGGCGAGGUGCAGAACCUGCUGCGCAACACGUACGGUCGCUACGUGAACCUGCACGCGCCGGUGUUCCGGAGCGGCCACCGGAGCUCGUCGCUCUCGUGCCGCUCGCAGCACACCAUGCACACCAUGGUCGGCAUAGAGAGCACGAGCAUGAGCGCCGCGGUCGCCGAGUCGGGCCCGUCCGGCGCCGCGCCGCUGCUGCCACCCAACGGCGCCGACGAGAGGGAGUGCCGCCUGUAGGCGGACGCGGCGAUCACAGCGCCCCUAAUGCUCGCCUAGUGUCGGAGUUGGCGUCAUCUGUGGGCGGGGACCUGGCUCGGUGAGAGCAGCACCGUGUUGAAGUGGUGCAGGCGUUGUCAUGCAUCGAUGACUGGGAAUAUGAACGGAUACUGCGUACGGUGAAGACAGGAGUGGGCGGCGUAAAAAAGCGUCACAGACGUGGCGCAUUGGAGUCAUCGUCAUGUUGUCGUGCAAUGUAAUGGUCACGGUGUUCCCUCAGUUGCUCUUUUGUGUCACAAAGUUUAAGAUGUGUUGAUGUUGUCGCUGUCUCUCCAAUGGAAAGGGGCAUAUUCGUUCAAAGGUCGAGGUCAUGCGGCUGUUUCGCCGGCAAAUGUCAACAAAGCGCAUCCACGCUUCCGGCUCGACUUUUGUAAGGUCGCUUGAUGUGCUGCACUGUUCGGAACGCCGCGACCCAGCACCAGGCUGUGAUGUCCCUCCCCGCUCCCUCCGGUUCAGCACGUCAGUUCAUCUCCGACGCUGUAAUGCUGCAAAAUGGUGCCCGUGGCUCAUAAAUGCCAUUAACACGCGAGCGAUGCGGCCAGAGUUGUUUUUAGCUUUAAAGAUGGGGCGUGCCACAUAUUGGCCCAGUGAUUUUUGCCUCCCCCUCCCCUCGCAACCCGGAAGGCCGUGCGGUCAGCUAGCCCGGUCGCGCAGGUGCCAGCAGGUCACAGCGCGACCCUGCCCCAGUAUGCUGCGCACCGGCGCAGGGUAACGCGUGACAGGAGCUACUCGCCCUCCCCGAUCGUCAGCCCGCAAUGCCAAGUCGUUCGCUGUCCAUGAGGAGUGAACACCGGUCCUGUAGCUGGCCCUGUUCUAUCCAUGGACAGGAAAUUUGUCCGUGGGGAGUGAACGCCAGUCCUGUACCUGGCCCUGUCCUGCCCAUGUACAGGGGCACCAGUCCUGUACCUGGCCCUGUCCUGCCCAUGUACAGGGACACCAGUCCUGUACCUGGCCCUGUCCUGCCCAUGUACAGGGACACCAGUCCUGUAUCCGGCCCUGUCCUGCCCAUGUACAGGGACACCAGUCCUGUAUCCGGCCCUGUCCUGCCCAUGUACAGGGACACCAGUCCUGUAUCCGGCCCUGUCCUGCCCAUGUACAGGGACACCAGUCCUGUAUCCGGCCCUGUCCUGCCCAUGUACAGGGACACCAGUCCUGUACCUGGCCCUGUCCUGCCCAUGUACAGGGACACCAGUCCUGUAUCCGGCCCUGUCCUGCCCAUGUACAGGGACACCAGUCCUGUAUCCGGCCCUGUCCUGCCCAUGUACAGGGACACCAGUCCUGUAUCCGGCCCUGUCCUACUCAUCGACAGGACAUCUGUCCAUGAGGAGCAAACACCAGUCGUGUGGUCAUGUAGCCGGCACCGUCUCGUGGUGUUUUGUCCGUGGAAGUGAACACCAGGACCGUAGUCGGCGUUGUUCCGCCGUGUCCCCACCAGCAAUGUGCUGCCGUCGACUACCGCUGGUCGGCGGCCGCAGCUACCGUCGGCUCUGUGUUCGCGGGUAGCAGCUCGUCGUGGGGGGAGGGGGGCUGUGUGCUGUGACUCCGUGAUGCAGUGCGUCAGGCAUUCAAGCCUUGGUUGGAACACAGCUUGACGUGCGGCCCUCGGUGCGGUGCGUGGGCUCGCCUGUUCUACCGAAGGAGAGACGACGGUGCGUAAUGUCCGGCA